AUGGAAUAUGGGGAGUUCUGGCUCCUUGCCCAGGCUCAGGAAUCGGACCGACUUGCCAAAUCAAUUUCAAUCCUGAAGAGAGUCCCUUUCCUCCUCAAGCCCUCAAACCUGCAAAAAAGAAGGCAAGCAGUGGUUGAGCUUAACAACUUGAUCAAGGUUACAAUGCAAGUUAUCGGGAUCUUCGAUCAGUUUGAAAAGCUUUCCAGUUACGAUCCAAGGGAUGUGCCGGAGUUGGCAUUAGCAAUGGAACAUAUUCCAGUGGAUGCAUAUUGGGCUAUUUUGACUCUUGUUGCUUGCGCAACUAAGGUCACUAUUCUCACCAGUGAUGAGGACAAGGAGCAUGACCUAGUCCCAUACGCUCAAAAAAUCCAUUUCAUCCUGAACAAGCUUAACGUACAGCUGAAAAUUUGUAGAAAACAAGUUGAGGACGCAGAAGCUUACCGGAGGAUAAGGAAAAUCUUUCGAACUCCUACUGAAAUCAAGGAGGUUUUCAAGGCCCUGAUCUUUAGCAAAGACAAUGUUCAGCCACUGAUUGAUGGUUCUACUGAACAAACGGUUGAUAUCGACAUCCUGAGGAAGAAAAACAUACUCCUAUUCCUUUCAAGCCUAGAUAUCACUGAUGAUGACAUUUCUAUCCUCAAACCCAUUUAUGA